AUGUCGGCUUCUAAUCGUGCAAACCAGAUCGCGGGCCAUCUCAACUACCCCAAGGGUAUGUUGGCUGGCCAGGUCGCCAUCAUCACGGGUUCAGGACAAGGAAUUGGCGCAGAGGCAGCGCGGCUGUUUGCAAACGAGGGCGCGAAAGUGGUGGUUGCGGAUGUAGAUGCCACUAUCACAGAGAAGGCCCAAUCCGUCGUCGACGCCAUCAAAGCCAGCGGCGGCAGCGCAAUCGCCGUCCCCGGCGACGUGCUUGACGACGCUUACAUCAAGACGCUCAUUGAAAAGGCCGCGGAAUUCGGCAACGGCAAGAUCCACAUCAUCGUCAACAACGCGGGAUACACGUGGGACGGCGUGAUCCACAAGAUGACGGACAAGCAGUGGCACACCAUUGUCGACCUGCACGGAACCGCGCCGUUCAAGAUUGUCAGACAGGCGGCGCCGUACUUUAGGGUCAAGGACGGCGAGCCCAGGAACAUCAUUAACAUCUCGAGUACCAGCGGUGUUAAUGGGAAUGCGGGGCAGAUCAACUAUGCGCUGGCAAAGGCGGGUGUCACGGGUAUGACGAAGACGAUUGCGAAGGAGUGGGGCCCUAGCUUCGGCGUGCGCGCGAACACGGUUGCGUUUGGACAUAUUCAGACGAGGUUGACGGCGGCGAAGGAAGAGGGUGCGUUUGUUACCACGCCGGAUGGUGAGAAGGUUGCGCUGGGGAUACCGAGUGCGCAGAAAGCGGCGGCCAAGGGACAGGAGCACAUGGAUAUCCCGCUGAGGCGGCCGGGUACGGCGACGGAGGCUGCGAGUGCGGUGCUGGCGCUGGCGAGUCCACUGAUGAGCUAUGUGAAUGGAGAGACGAUUAAGGUUACUGGUGGAAGGGGCAUGUAGAUGUCUUGGCUGGAACCAGU